AGUCAUCCUUUCAUCCUCGAACAGCGACCAUGUCUGAACGAAAAGUCCUAAACAAAUACUUCCCGCCUGACUUUGACCCCUCCUUGAUUCCAAGGCGGAGGCAGCCCAAAAAUGCACAACAAGUGGUUCGUCUUAUGGCUCCCUUCUCUAUGCGGUGUAAUACCUGCGGCGAGUAUAUCUACAAGGGAAAGAAGUUCAAUGCUCGUAAAGAGACUGUAGAAGGUGAAGAUUACUAUGGUAUCAAGAUCUUCCGUUUCUACAUCAAAUGCACACUUUGUUCUGCUGAGAUCACGUUCAAGACGGAUCCCAAGAACACAGACUAUGCCGCAGAGCAUGGUGCAUCACGGAACUUUGAGCCUUGGCGAGAAGAACAGGCGGUAGAAGAAGAGGACCGUUUAGCGAAAUUGGAAGAGGAGGAGAAUAACCCGAUGAAAGCGCUUGAGAACAGGACCGUCGAUUCGAAACGGGAGAUGGACAUUCUGGACGCUCUGCAGGAUAUUCGAGCUCGCAAUGCCAGGAACGAGAGGAUGGGGAUGUCUGUCGACCUGUUGGAGAGGAUAGGAAUCGAGGAAAUUCAGACGGAAGAGGAUAAAGCGAAGAAGGCAGCUGACGAAGAGGAUGAGAGGUUGGUGAGGGAAGUGUUCAGCAAGGUGGCCAUGCCGGCAGCCGGAUCCAGCGGAUCGGAGUCGUCCUCUAGCACAACAGUGACAGUGAAGCGUAAGGCGGGCGAUGCGGAGCCUGAUCUACGCAGUUUACUGCCAGAGGAGACUCGUUCUCUUAUUUCCUCCAAAGCGGCUGCUGUACCUGUUCUGAAGAAGCGCAAAACAAAUUCGUUAGGAAUCAAAAUCAAGGCGAAAGUUACAGCGAAGGCAGCUGUCUAGUUUUACUCUGGGACAUCCAUACACUGUUGUAUAGUAGUCUAUAUCCUAUUGCAUAUACCCUUCCAAACUC